UAUGAGGAAUAGUUAUUAUAGAAAACUUAAAAUAGAGAAAAAUAUAAACAGGAAAAAAUGACCAAUAAUUUUUAUACAUAGCAAAAACUAGUAAAAACAUUUUGAUGUGCUUCUGUACUACCUUCUGUUACAUUUACAUGUAAAUAUUUAUUUGGUAAUUCAGGUUAUACUGCAUGUAAAACCUUUUAUUUUGCUUUUAUUCAAUAUUUUGUGUCUGUUUUAUUGUAAUAAAUAUUCUAACAAAACACCAUUUAAAAUAUUUGACAGUAUACAUUUAUACGGAUGAUUCACAUUUAUUUAAUCAUACUGGUUAACUAAAUGGUUACCAUUUCGGUGUUUAAAUUUUUCACUAUUAUGAAUGAGAUUACAAUGAACAUCAUUAUAUGUACAUAUUUUCUGAAGUUUUAGUUAUUUCUUUUUGACAGAUUUAUUUUUACUGGUUAAAAGGUAUGAACCUUAAAAGUUUUUUAAUCUAUUACCAAAUUAUUUUCUAAUGAUUACACCAAUUUAUACAUUUACUAGGAAUGCAAUUAGGUUGCCAUUUUACUGUUUCGUAGAUAACACUCAAUAUUGUCAGGUUUUUUUAAAUCUUAUUUUCAUCUUGUGGAAGAUGCUCUCCUUCUUUUAAGCCAAAGAGACCUCAAUAAUUGUGGCAUAUUAUAAAUUGGUGCCUUAUUUCUCCACCGUUUUUUUCAGAGAGGUCAGGAAUGGCUGAAGAAAAUCAUACCAUGAAAAAUGAGUUUAUCCUCACGGGGUUUACAGAUCACCCAGAGCUGAAGACUCUGCUGUUUGUGGUGUUCUUUGCCAUCUAUCUGAUCACCAUGGUGGGGAAUAUUGGUAUGGUGGCACUGAUAUUUACACACCGUCGACUUCACACACCAAUGUACAUCUUUCUGGGAAACCUGGCUCUUGUGGAUUCUUGCUGUGCCUGUGCCAUUACCCCCAAAAUGUUAGAGAACUUCUUUUCUGAGGACAAAAGGAUUUCCCUCUAUGAAUGUACAGUACAGUUUUAUUUUCUCUGCACUGUGGAAACUGCAGACUGCUUUCUUCUGGCAGCAAUGGCCUAUGACCGCUAUGUGGCUAUAUGCAGCCCACUGCAGUACCACAUCAUGAUGUCCAAGAAACUCUGCAUUCAGAUGACCACAGGGGCCUUCAUAGCUGGAAACCUGCAUUCCAUGAUUCAUGCAGGGCUUGUAUUUAGGUUAGUUUUCUGUGGAUCGAAUCACAUCAACCACUUUUACUGUGACAUUCUUCCCUUGUAUAGACUCUCCUGUGUUGACCCUUUCAUCAAUGAACUGGUUCUAUUCAUCUUCUCAGGUUCAAUUCAAGUCUUUACCAUAGGUAGUGUCUUAAUAUCUUAUCUCUAUAUUCUUCUUACUAUUUUCAGAAUGAAAUCCAAAGAGGGAAGGGCCAAAGCCUUUUCUACCUGUGCAUCCCACUUUUCAUCAGUUUCAUUAUUCUAUGGAUCUAUUUUUUUCAUAUACAUUAGACCGAAUUUGCUUGAAGAAGGAGGUAAUGAUAUACCAGCUGCCAUUUUAUUUACAAUAGUAGUUCCCUUACUAAAUCCUUUCAUUUAUAGCCUGAGAAACAAGGAAGUAAUAAGUGUCUUAAGAAAAAUUCUGCUGAAAAUAAAAUCUCAAGAAAGUGUGAACAAAUGACAUCUAUCCUAGCUUAAUGGUUUAACGCUCAAAAACCUUCUAAAUAAAAUUACACAGAGGAAGUGUACUAAUUGUAUACAAAAUAUUAAAACAUGUCAAAAUGCAAUCAAAUUAAGCAGAAAUAUGUGACAGGGAAAAUUCAUGGAAAGGAGUGAAUUGUGCUAAAUCUUUACUCAGAAUUUACAAGCACAUCCAGACAUUGAAUUCAUUCAAGCAGCAAUGUAGAAUGCCACCAUGCCUAUAGACUGUGUUAGUAACAAUUAUGAUUAACACCCAAAACAACAGCAAAACUACAAGUUACAAAUGUAGAAGGCUAUUCCAUUUACAAAGUGCGCUUUGAUAACCAGCCCAUUCUAAUAGCUUACAACAUGAGCAUUACAGUUAAGUGCUUAAGAUCAUGUGAACAGUCAACCAAUGAAAUUACUUACAUCCAUGAGCAACAAAAAUGGCAAGUGGAUUUUGAGGAAGAAAAUGUAAUCAUGUGUGGGGGACAUUAUUGUAGUUAGAAUGGGAUAGUCAGGAAAUUAUUGUGCCCAAUAAAAGUGAAUAUUGUAUUUCCAAAUUGAAGUUGUUGUUAAAAUGAUUUAAUCAUUUAAAUAAUUAAAAUCAGAAUGUCUAAUUUCAAGAUAGGUUUCAUUAAGUUUUAUUUACUCCAAAAUCUGCAUGCAUAAAGAUACCAUAUCAUAAAGUUCUAGACAAACAGUUCAAGCUUCAUAUAGAUCUGAAGAGUCUUCAUUGUCAGUGAGUUAGGCUAAACUUCUCUGUGCCCCCUCCUGAGAGGUGAGGAAGGGGUUAAACAAUGAAGACACAAUCUUUUGGUAUAUUAUAUAUAGACAUGUCAAAAAGUAUGAUUGUUGAACUGUGGGCAGGGCUUAUCUCAAAUACUUUCUUUUAUUCCUUCACCACUGCAAAACUUAAAGUUGUUUAAUAUGGAUAGAACCUAAUAAUCUUAUGUGACAUCAUAAAGAAAUACUUUCCAAUUAUUCACUCUACAUAUGUUUAUUGAGAUUCUGCUAUGUGCGAGCACUGUUCUAGAUGCUAAGACAUAUUAAUGACCAAGACACCACUCUUUUCAUCUUCUUAAAUAAUGGAACAUUGCCAUUAUUUUAAUUACUAACUUCUGGAACAAGGAGGACCCAUAACAGGUAACAGAAAAAUUCUCCCUUCCACCUCCUCUCUUGAUGCUCUGUGGUCACAUCUAAAUUUUCAGAAGGCAAUUGUCAGGUUGCGGUGGGUCUCAAGCUAGCCAGCCACCAUAGGCUGGCAUCACAUGGAAAAUCAGCAUGCUGAGUCUAUAUAGAAAAAGGAGCAGAAAACAGAUAUAUUUUCUAGAUAUAAUUCCCUAAACCAUGAAUGCAAAACUAUAAAAAUAUAGUGUAUAUUUGUAACCUCCAAGAAAACCUAUCCUAGUUCAUUCCAGUUAUACUCAGACAUUUCAGUAUUUCCUUGCCUGUUUCAAAUUUAAACCCCAUCAAUUGAGUUUUUGCUUAAUUCACUUCCAUCAGCAUCACCAAAUGGAUUUGAAUACUUACUAUGUGUCCAUCCUGUGCUAAGCUGUAUAUACACAUUAUUACCUCAUUUAACCCUCAUAAAUCCUGUGAGAGAACUACAAUUAUUAUCCCAUGUGACAGGUGAGAAUAUGAAGGGCAGUAUGGUUGAGUCACUUGUUCAAUGACCCACAGGAGUCUGCAUGACCUGAACCCCAGGCUGCCUAACUACAAAAACUACAUUCUCAAUUAUUACGUAAGAAAUCACAAAAGGUCACCCAGAUAUUGCACAGAAUUAUGUAUCCCACGCAAUGCAGAACAGCAUAGUGUUCUUUGGAAAAUUAAUUCUAAGAGAUUUAAAAAUCAGGAGAAUAUUUAUUAAAAUUUUUUAUAGAAGCAAAAUUUGACUUUUCUUGAAAAACUGGCAACAAUUCUUAUGUCAUGUCCCUGGCCCCUCUCAACAUUUAAAUGUAUAACUUUGCAUUAAAAACUACUGCCUCUCAUCAUACUUCAUUAUUUCAGUGCUUACUUACAGUAAAAAUAUUUACCAAGUUGUAGUUGUGAAUUAUAAAAUAUGCUGAUUUGAACAAUUUCUCAAUGUUUCAGCUUACCUUUUAUAGUGAAAACAUUUAAAAAAAGAAAUGACCAAAAAGUUCCAGAAGGGAUCAUUUAUUAAUUCGUUUGCAGUCACAUGUAGUGGGUCAAGAAAAAGCAAAAAUAACAAUAAAUAAAUAAGCUAAAUACAGAAUUUAUCGGGCACCUAAUAAAACGGUGGUGUGUUUUUGGGGUGUGUAUUUCUGCUAGAUGCCUUUUCACUAUGCAUUAAGUAUGCAAUGUAGGAUUCAACUAGUACCAGGAGGAAAGAUGGGAAAUUUUGACCUGUUUGUUAUACACCAGAGGAGAAAAAUUGGGAAGAAAUACUCAACCUACAAGAAAUAUAAAUAGGUUUAACCAGAAAAAGCUUUACAUUUUAAAUGCCUGCAUUGACUUCUUCCCUGGUUUCCUGAGUCCAGCUAGGUCAAUUUUAUAGUAAGAGGCCCCGACUUCCAUCUUCUCAGAGAUUGCAUCUGUUGGUUACAUCGUCCAUGAGUGGAAAAUUUACAGUUCAAAGAAAAAAUAAUGGUUUGGAGAUCAUAUUCACUGGGGAAGAAAUGAAGAUGAAAAGAAGGAUGCUGUUCAUUUUAAGUUCUGAGGGUGGAAGUAGAUUUCAGGGCGAUUUCAGGAAAGUAGAUUUGUCUUUUCCUCUGGGGAAUAAUCAGAUUUCUUCCCAAAUCCCUACAACCUCUUUCCUCUUCUCCUACUUGGGCUUCCUUGUUUGCACGCAUGCGUGUGCAGGAAUGUCUGUGUGCUUGGACUCAGCUCCAGCUGGAAGCAUGCUCUCCUUUGUUACUGUUGGAGAAAUUCAACAGUACAAAAAUACAGUUGAUGACUUGAAAGCGCUGCACCUUCAAGCCAUAGAUGCAGCCCUUUUGUCAAGUCAUCAACUGCACUUUUGUACUGAGGUUAACACAAAAAGAGAUAAAAUAUUAAUCGUUCCUUUAAACUUUAAGAAAACUUUAAAAGAAAAAUAUAA